UUCAUCCUUGUUACAUUUAGAUUUUAGAAUCAAUACGUUGUUAAAGCGUAAAUGUCGUCUCGCUGAAUCGCCAUUUCGUAUUUUCGUUAGGUAGAAAGGGUAUUUUAAAGAUCAGCGGUACACUCUAUCGUGAAAAAUUUAGUAAUUAAUAAUUUCGUGUUAUCCAAUAUUAUAGAAAAUAAUUUAUAAUUAUAACAAACGCCGUUUUAUAACAAGCUUUUAAUAAAAUUAUAAUAUGUAUAUUGUAUGUAGCAAUGGAUGACAAGGGCGUUGUCCGUCAUCGGCUGCCACAUUUUAGAAGUUAAAUCGUGAUUUGAAACGUGGAAUUAUGGCCAUUAGGAACUUUAUUUAACGUUCAUUAUAUAAGACUUUGUUAGUGCAACGUCCCAGAUAUUCAGGAUUUGUCAAAAUGCCUCGCAUUGAUCCACUGCAAUUGCUGAAGUGCCUCUCUGUCCUACUUACCCCGGAAGGCGGCAUUUUUUCUCGCGACGAAGUUCCUCGUCUAGUCAAUUUAAUGACUAAAUUUUCAAAAAAAUUAGUCAGCAAGUGCGUUUAUGUUUUAAUAUUGAAGAAUACAAAUAAAGACUUAGUUGAUAUGUUCAUGGCCGAAGGUGGAUGGACGCUCAUACAAACCUGGCUGCAGGAUGCCGUGCAAACGGCCAAUUGGCAUUUAGUUAAGGAGAUUUUAGGUUUGUUACUCGUUACGCCAGUCGACGUUGAACGCUUAAAAUUAAAUAUUUUGCCGAAAUUGAUUAAAAGUUUAUCACGAAGAGAUGAUUUAGAAGACGUUGCUGAAUUAUCGACACAAUUAGUCAAGCAAUGGCUAACGAUAGUUAAAGGAUCGACGAAUAUUAUGCAACAGACAAUAGACAAGUUGGAGCAGACCAAAAGUGACGAAGAGAAAAUGGAAAAGGAGAAUGUAGAAGUUAAUUCAGAUUCGAUCCAUCCAAAUUUGUUUUACAAAAGCGACCCCAAUGGAACUGACAAUGAUAUAAUCAGCGAAUUGAAAGAUGUGUCUGAAAAAUCCAAAUUAAAAGAUAACGAUAAAAGAUCAGGCUCUCGAAGCUCCAGUUCUAGCUCGAGUUCGAAAAGUAGUAGGGAUAAAGAAAGAAGCAAAGAUAGGGAUAAAGAUAAACAUCGUAAAUAUAGCAGUAGUUCUAAAAGUAGUUCAUCUAGUAGAAGCAAAAGUAGUAGUUCAAGCAAAAGUAGCAGUUCUAGUAAAGACAAAGAUCGUAAAGAUAGAGAAAGAGAUAAGGAUAAACGUAGAGAUAAAGAUAAAAAUAACGGAAGCAUCAAAAGUAGUUCUAGUUCCAGUAAAGAUAAGGACAAGAUAUUGGGCGAGCCCAAAUUAUCGAUUGAUAAACUCGGAAGAAUUCCCAAGAAGAGUUCUUCCGAUUCCAAGGAAUCGGAUAAGGAUUCGGAUAAGGAUUCGAAAAAGAAAUUCUCUAUAGGAGUAAGGAAAGAUAGCGAAGAAAGGCCGAAAACCGUAAAAAUAUAUAAUGCCCGUAUGAGAUCGACGGGACUGGAAGAAGAAGCCAAACCAGCUCCUUCGCGCCCUGUCAAAAAGACCACUCCAGCGCCAACAUUACCACCGGUAGCUUCGUUAAAGAGGCCAUCGCCGCCGAGAGAAUCGUCCAUUACGCCUCUAGAGAAAAAGAUUAAAAUCGACAAAAUCGAUAUUCCGGAGAGGCCUGGCGCUAUCAAAUUAAUACCACCCAAACCAAAACCAAUGCUACAAGAAAGCGACCUGUUCAACGACGCUCUCACGGCCGCCACGUCGAGAAAAGAGCCCAAAAAGAGGAAACGAAGAGCAAGUACGUCUAAAGACGCCCCAACAUCACCUAAUGCGUCUCCAGCCCAAGAACCACCAACCACUCCGACUACGGCAGCUCCUGCCACCUCUCCUUUGGGCCUGAAAAACAUCGCUCCGAUCAAUUUCUACCAGGACACCCUAUCCGAAGACGUGGAGGAAAAGGACGAUGAGAAUAAGGAAAACGACAAAAACGAUAAUUUAGACGAUAGUGUAGUUUCCGAGGAUAAAGACAGUGUUGAAAAUAAUUCUCCCAGAGCUGUAACACCGACCGAAGACAACCCAGAAGAAAUUAAGAAAAUGAAAAUUGAUGGUAGCAUUAAAGGUGUUUUACUGUACUCCCGAAAGAAAGGGCCUAAGAAGACUAUAUCGUGGAAAGUUGAUAAAGACCUUGUUGAAAUUCGGUAUUUCGAAUUAGACGAAACCGAAAGAGUGAACGUCACGAAAGCCUUUAACGAUAUGGCCAAAAUGGACAUAUCUAAUGAAAGGGAAGCUCUACAAUUAUCCAGGAAAGUUGGCGGUGAGGACUUAAUGGAACCCCAAAUAGUGUGGCGGAUACCGUUCGAAAUAGAUAUGGUCGAACCUUUGACUGUAGUUCCAGGUGCUAAAAGUUUAGAAAAAGGUAUCCAAUUCGCCAGGGAAAAGAGCGUCCUUCAAGCUUUGUAUUUCGAUAAAAGGAAAAUCCCCGACAGCCCCGAAGAACCGAUACCCGAAAAUCACCAAAUCACAGAUCCCGUCAUCAUCGCUUUGGACGAUCCGGAAUGCCAAGAAUACGAUCUAAGGAACACCCCCUGGCCCGAUCCUAAAGGCAACCAACCGAUGCCCGAGCCACAAAUGCCCAUGAAUUUCCCCAAUAUUCCCGGCCCGUUCCCUCCCGCUUUCAACAACAUGCCGCCGCCCAACUUCCCCAACAUGCCUCAUCCCAGAUUCUCCGGCCCCAACGGCCCGAUGAUACCCCCGAUUCCCAACAACUUCGUUCCGCCUAAUAUGAUGCCCAACGGCGGCAUUAUGGGACCACCCAACAUGAUGCCCCCCAAUGAAAUGAUGAUGAACCAAAUGAACAUGUUCCCGGGUCCGAUGGCUGAUAAUUUCGGUCCGGAACCGGACUUCAACAUGUUCAACGGCCCCAACAACAUGAACAUGUUCCCGCCUAACUCCUUCAACAACAUCCGGCACGCCAACAGGGGCGGCUUCAGGCGAGGCAGGGGUGGCAAUGACAAUGGGGGGAACUGGAUCCGCAUGAACGGCCCCGGUGGGGGCAACUGGCGCAGAGGCGGAGGCGGAAACCGAGGAGGAAGGCUUUGCAAAAACGUUCAGAAUCACGGCUAUUGCCGGAACAGAGACAAUUGUCCCUUUAUUCACCCGUCAUAGAAUAUAACAAAUCAGCGAACAUAUUAAAAAUAACUUGUGAUAUUUUUAGUGUAGAACACUUUAUUUCGGUUGUUAGUUAUUUAUUUGAAAAUCUUCAUGAAAGGACAUGCAUCAUUCAAUUGUGAUACUGUGAUUAUGUCCCAUGGACAUGUGAAAUUUAUUUAUAUUUAAAAACAAAUAGCAAUAGGGGUAGUUAGCUUCUGUAAAUAAUGUAUAGGUUUGAAUAGGAAUUGCUACAUUUUUUUACUGUUUUUGAAAAAAUAAAACUUAUUACCUAUAUUUUGCUUUUUAAUACAAAAGUCACGAGAUGUUUGAAAGAUGUUGGCAAGAAAACCAAACAUGUAUUUUUGUGGAAUUUUCACAUAACGACAUGCAUAUUAAUUCAACGAUUGUAUGUAAAUUUAAAUUCGCCAAAUUUUUUAGACAAGUUGAUAAUUACAUAAUUAAGAUUAAAGGUCUUUCAUUGUAUUAAGUUUCCAUUUGCCUUCAAUAAACAUUUAGUUGAUACUUAUCUGUUGACUAAUUUAUUAAUAUUUACUCUCAUCACAUAUAGU